UUUUUUUUUUACUUUAUGAGACUUUAUGUCAACUUAUUAUUUUUGUGCACGCCCGAGAUUUCGGUGAUCGAUCGUGGGUUGGAACUCGUCACUUCUUGGAAGUGGUCGGUGACUGUGCAUCUGUCAAGAACAUAUGAUACAAAUUAUACAUGUACUAAGUCGGAAGACAGAAUGCUGUCCUUGCUUGUCUCCUUAAGCCUCCUCAGCGUCGGUGUGUAUUGCUACCCAAACGGAGCACCGACGGGCUCAUGUGGGUCAAUGAUCCCCGGUCAUAACGCUGCCGUCCAAACGGGGGCGUCGCCAUACAGAGUUACCAUGAAUACCACAAGUUACGAUGCCGGUGACGUCAUCGAAGUGACUGUAUCCGGAGGGACCUACCGAGGAGUCUUCGUCCAGGCACGUCCCGCAAACUGUUCAACUGUUACUUUCCCGACCUUUUCACUGAUGUCCGAAGAAACAAAUCUCCAGACUCUGAGCUGUAAUGGUGUGGCCAAUAGUGCUAUUACUCAUACCAACAAAAACGACAAAACACAGUCAGUGUUUUACUGGUCUCCUGCAGCCAAUUUAGGUCACGUGUACUUCCGUGCCACUUUUGUACAAACGUUCAACACUUACUGGGUUGGUAUCGUGUCCCCUGUGUUGCGUGACAGCAGCUCCUCGGAUCCGGUUCCAAAUCCUAUUUGCCAGAACGGUGGAAAUAACGGUUCUAAUGGAGGGGAGACUCUAAAGUCCACUUUGUCAUCAAUAGCCAUCAUUUUGGCGGCGUUAUUGUUCACUGUAUGAUAUAUAUAUAUAUCAAUCGUUGGAUUAGUACUACAUAUUAAACUUUAUGAAGAAAAAUGUUUUAGAAUAAACCCAGAGAAAUGUAAGAUAUAGGGUUUUUUUGUCGUGUAUUUACUGCUACUUUCCAAAGGUAAUUAAUUUAUGGAAAUUACUCUGAAAUUUGUCAUGGUACUGUGUAUAUAGGGGAAGUUAGUAUCAGCGGUACUGACGUAUGAAGAUGGACGAGUCCGUCAGAUCUGAAAUGUGUAAUACUGUAAUACUAUUUCUUUAAAGUUUAUAAUUUUUCUUACUUUGAUAAUAAAAAAUGAAAGUAUAAUGCAUCAAA